AUGGUUUUCACACGUGAUGACUAUACGGUCGCAUGGAUCUGCGCCUUGCCGCUGGAAAUGGCUGCCGCGAAGGCCAUGUUGGACGAGGUUCACCCUCCUCUCCCCCAGCCAGAAACUGACCACAAUGUCUACACACUUGGGAGGGUUAGCAGCCACAAUAUAGUGGUGGCCCCCCUGCCUUCCGGUGUGUACGGAACCAUAUCUGCCUCAAGUGUGGUGUCACACAUGGUUUCUACUUAUCCGAAUAUCCGAUUUGGGUUGAUGGUGGGUAUUGGUGGCGGAGUCCCGAGCCAAAGUGCUGAUAUUCGCCUUGGUGAUGUUGUAAUCAGCAAACCAACUGCCACUUCAGGUGGUGUUAUCCAAUAUGACUACGGCAAGAUGCUUCGUGAUGGACGAUUGCAGCAUGCCGGGUCUCUUAAUAAACCGCCGUCGGUGUUGUUGAAAGCUAUGUCUCAAUUAGAGAGUGAUUAUAUGACAGGGAAAAGGCCGGUUAGUAAGAUCUUGAUUGAUAUACAGCACAACUGUGAAGAGAUGAAAGAAAAAUAUUCGCGACCGAAAGAUGACUGGCUAUUCCGACCGACAUACAAUCAUAAGGAUAGCGGAUACAAUUGUUCAGCAUGUGAUCACAGCCAGCUAGUGAACCGUCCAGAGCGAAUAACUGAUGGCCCUUAUUUUCAUUAUGGCUUAAUCGCUUCCGGAGAUCAGGUCAUGAAGGAUGCCAAAACUCGAGAUUCUAUUGCUCAAGAUCUAGAUAUACUCUGUUUUGAAAUGGAGGCUGCUGGGCUCAUGGACGAACUUCCAUCACUUGCUAUUCGAGGUAUCUGUGACUACUGUGAUUCCCACAAGAAUAAACAGUGGCAAGGAUAUGCGGCGCUUGCUGCUGCUGCCUACGCGAAGACUCUUCUCCAGUUUGGGUGGUCCCCUUCGGAAGAAACCCGCGAUUCAUAG